CGAUCCCUUUAAAUCCUGUAGGUUCUGCAUCUGCUAACCAACCUACUCCUUCGACACAGGAGGCUCAGGUUGUUCUUGAGAAAUCCUCUGACGAUGAUGGGCGCCCUAUUGCUCAAGUCUUGAGGAAACCCAGUUCUUCUGGUCAACCACGUUUGACAGAACCUACUGUCUCCUCUCACUCCAAAAAAUCCAAGAAACACAAACGCUCUGCCCCCACAGGCUUUGAGGUUGAUGCCUCUACUGAGCCGACUCAACCUGUUGCUGACUAUACUCCUGCGUCGCCGGUCUCUUCUCCAGCUCACCCAUUUCAGUCUGUCGACACCGCUGGUGAGUUCAUUGAAUUCCCUAUCCAGAUUAGUGAUAGUGACUCUGACUCAGUCACUAGUCCUGCAACACAUCCGAACUCCAGUUCGACUAGUUCUGACUCUAGUCCCUCUUCAACUUCCUUUCCUUUGCAGGAUCCACAGGGCCAGUAG